AUGGCCCUUGACACGCAGAACUAUGGCCUCAUCCGCGAAGGUGCCGGCAACGCGGUCUUGCGGCGCAUUCCCGUCCCUCAACUCCGCGAUGACUAUAUACUGGUUCGUACGGUGGCCAUUGCUUUGAACCCCACAGAUUGGACGACUCUGGACGCCCGGGGCGACGACGGCACUCUUGUCGGCUGCGACUACGCAGGGAUUGUAGAGGCAGUAGGCAAGGCGGUCAAGAAGCCCUUCAAGAAGGGCGAUCGUGUUGCUGGGUUUGGACACGGAGGAAAUGAUGCGAAUCCUGAGAAUGGCGCGUUUGCGAGAUAUAUCGCUGUCAAGGGGGAUAUUCAGAUGCAUAUUCCGGACGCUGUGGGUUUCGAGGCUGCGUGCACGGUCGGUGUUGGCGUUGCGACUACGGGGUAUGCACUUUACCAUGUGCUUGGACUGCCGCUGCCGGUUCUGGGGAGUGUUGAGAACACCGGUGACGGGCCGGAGCCUAUCUUGAUAUACGGUGGGAGUACUGCCACUGGGACUAUUGCGAUUCAAUUCGCGAAGUUAUCUGGAUUGAAGGUGAUCACCACGUGCUCGUCCAAGUAUUUCGGGAUGAUGAAGGACUUGGGGGCCGAUCUUGUCUAUGAUUAUCAUGACACGAAAGUCGGUGAGACGAUUCGAGCGGCCACAGAGGGCAAGCUGAAGAACGUGUUCGACACGGUGACUGUUGAGUCUUCAGCGGCGAUCUGUGCCGAUGCCAUUGGCCCCAACGGUGGUGUUUACUGCAACCUGCUGGGACUGAAUUGUCCACGGCAGGAUGUUCAGUCGACAUUCUUCCUUGGAUAUGGUAUAUCGGGCGAAUCGUACAUCUUUGAGGGCGACAAGUACGAGGCACGGCCAGAGGAUCUUGCGUUUGCAUCCGAGUUCCUGGCUCUGGCUGCGAAGCUGUGGGCCGAGGGGCACCUCAAGCCUCAUCCAAAACGUACUGGGCCUGGAGGUCUUCUGGGAGCAAUUUCUGGGAUGCAGGAGAUGCGUGAAGGUAAGGUUAGUGGCCAGAAGUUGGUUUAUCGUGUUGAGGAGACUCGAUGGCCAUGA